AUUUCCAUGUAUCACAGUAUUUUGUACAUGACACGCCAAGACUGUAAAAUUGUACAGUAAAAGUGAAAGUUGUCGUGUCGUAGGCUUGACAGAUGACCAUUCAUCACUAAGUCCACUUCUUUACGUUAUUACCGCCCUUUACCACUAGAUGUUUGUAUACCGGUGAAAUCAUAUGUAUUUUAUCGUCUAAUUGUGAAAUGUUAAAACAUUGAAGUGUUGACUUUAGUAGAUUUUUUAACACAGUAGGAUAAAGAUAUUAAUAUACUUCAUUAUUAUUGUGGAUUUAUGACAAGGUGUUAAAAUAAGAUACAUGUGCAGCAUCUGAAGAAGUAAAAAAACAUUGGAUUAGCUUAGGGAAAACAUUAAAAUACGAUGUAACUUGAGGAAAGACAGUUUUUAACAUACCUGGCUCAAACAAAAAUAUGUUUAAAAUGGAAGUAUUACAGCUCAUCAAAAUGUGUUUGACUCCUUUAUUUGUUAUAGUAUUUGUAAAUUUCUUUGUUCUACAAGUCGAAGGAGGUGUGUGUCAAGGAGAUCCAUCUAAAAUUGUCUCUAUGUGUCAACAAUCUUCUGUUAUAUCAUCAGUCAUCGACAUAGAUACUUCUUUUUUCUCAAACACUAUUGUUGGACAACGCUGUACAUGUGAAAUAGUUGUUAAUUCAACAUCACUUUCAAUAAAUACAUUAAAUGCUCCUUCGUCAUUAGAGUGUGGUACAGUUGUGACAUUCAAACUAGCACAAAACCCUAAGAUCGAAUGCACUACCUCUAAGGAAUAUAUCGAUACAUCGAUAGAAAACAAAGGUGUUGUAGAGAUAUCGACUACUAGUUCGACUGUUACCGAUACUGGAUACUGCAUUCAAGUUUUUACUGAAUAUGCUGAUGAGACGAUAACAAUGAACUGUUAUGAAAAUGAGGUCACAAUGACAACAGAAAUUCCACCAAUGUCAGUCAUGAAAGAAUUACUGCAACAGAAUAAUCAAACUUCCGAAGCAGUUCUUGAUGAGAUUAGUAGAAAUCCAAAUGCUUCUGUACUUUUUGAACCCUUGAUGUCAUCCUCUGAGUUGAUGAGUCUUCUUAAUAACACGGAACAGAUUGCAAGUACAAAAGAAACAAUCACACCAAUCCCUUAUAAUAACAACACGGAAAGUAUAUAUAAAACUACAGAAACAAUACCUGUCGAGGAGACAAACGCAGUUAUCAAACAAUAUAAUGGUUCAAGUUCUAAUGUAAGUGACAUUUCAACUGUUUUGUUUGAACCUAUCAACUCCACAGAUAUCCCUUUAAUGGUUAUAAAUACUACAUACACAGAUAUAAUACAAAAUGUCACAAAUAAUGAAUAUACAGAUAUGAAUAAUUCUUCGUCGAACCUCAGCGAUAGAACAACAUCCACUGAAACAUACAGCGAGUUAGUUUCAAGGAAUGCACAAUUGAUAAGCGCUCACUAUAAAACUACCACGGAAAAUGUACCAUCAUCAACGACCGAUCUGUCACCGAUGAAUUUGUUUUCUUCACAUUUAGUAAAAGAAUAUUUAGAAAAAGAAAAGGUUACCGAGAAUCAACUUAACAAUGCGAUCAAGGAACAAGUAACGACUCAAAGUAGUUCCCUUGUUCCUGACAUCCAACCAUCAAGAGAUGCAUGGUCGUUAAUGCUACCAGAUGAUACAAAUAACACCAAUGAAAUAAUAUCAAAGAAUACAGAUAUUCUGUCAAGUGCCACAGAGCAAAACCUUUCAUUAUCCGAAACAUAUCAGCAAUCGACCAUAUAUCCGUCUACUUCUGAUACUAUUGUGUCGUCAGAUUUUGACUUUGAAUAUCUCAAACCAACAAUGUCUUGGGAAAUAUCUAAUCUGAAAUCAUUAUCGUCUGCACUAGCACCAUCAGCAGUCGUUGACCCUAUAGCUGAGAUAACAAGCAACGAUAUGGCAUUUAUGUCCAUUGUGCCCUCAACGUUAGCUAUCGUUCCUACUAAAUCCAGUGAAGUUACAACCUUGACACAAGCUACUUCAAUUACCAAUGCUACGUCGUCUACAUUAUCAGUGGAUGAACCUCAAAGUAAAGCAGGGAAUUUUACACCUAGAGAAAUGCUACGCCCUCAAGUUAUUGACGUAUUCCCAACAAAUACAGAGACUACUAUUUCAAAUCUACUUCCAACUACAUCAGCACAAAAUGUUGAAGAAACAACAUUAGUUGCAAUGUCUACAGAGCCUAAAACCACAACACAACUAGUUAAAACGACAAAAACAACGGUUGCGACAACGGAGCCUAAAACAACAACACAACAAGUUGAAACGACAAAAACAACAGUUGCGACAACAGAGCCUGAAACAACAUCACAGCAAGUUGAAACGAUAAAAACAACAGUUGCAACAACAGAGCCUGAAACAACAACACAACAAGUUGAAACGACAAAUGCGUUUAUUGAAGCAGAGAGAACUACAGAACAAGCAAUAAGUACUCCUGAAGAAACUCAUGUGAAUACUAUACCAGUUAUACCAGAAACAGAACAUAUAAAAGAGCAUGGGCAUGAACCAAUUAUACCAGAAACAGGACAUACAAAUAUGCAUGAACAUAUACCAGUUAUACCCGAAACAAGAAUUACCAAAGAGCACGAACAUAUGCCAGCUAUACCAGAAACAGUAAUUUCAAAAGAGCAUGAACAUAUUCCAGAUAUACCAGAAUCAAGAACUACAAAGGACCAUGAACAUAUACCAGUUAUGUCUGAAACAACAAACGAGCAUGGACAUGAACCAGUUAUACCUGAAUCAGUAACUAUAAAAGAACAUGAACAUAUAACUCGGAAAAGCCGUCCAAUGAAAAUAAUGCCAAUUGUUCCAGACCAAAAUAUAAAACAAAACAUAAGAUUGAUGCCACCUGUAAAUCAAAAUGAAUUAGAUAAAAUAUUCAGUGGUGUAUCAGAUAAUUAUUUCACCACAAAAGUACCUAACACUGGUGAAGUUCUGGAACCACAAGGUGCUACUGAGGAGGAGGAUGUACUCAGUGAGGAAACAGUAACAAUUAUAGUGAUUGGAUCAGUGAUCGGUAUCUUAGCCUUAGUUGCAGUUAUAGUCAUUCUUACAACAAUUCUACAGAAAAGGAAAAGAUCAUCUAACAUGGCUGCUUCUAAAGAUCUUGAACUAAAUGGUAAAGGUAUUGACAAUCCACUGAUGGAAUUAGAAAGACAAAAUGUAGUGAAUUCAUCAUUUGGACAAAACGGACAUGGAACUAUUCACGAGGAACCGGAACUUGAAACAACAGAAGUUGAGGGAGUUCGAAAUGGGACAGCUUCUAGUGUUCCCGAGUCAAAACCGGAAGAUAUAAAGACACAAGAAACUAAUGAUGCAAAGUUAUAGUUUGUGAUUUAAAAGUGUAUUGUGACGAACAAUUUAUAGAAGCAUAAUAUAGUUCACUUAAUCUGUAAAAGACGAUACAGAUAUAUAUUAUUCAUCAUGAACGUGAUAUACGUGCUGUAAAAGUGGACUAAUAUCAAAAGGAAAUGACAUGAAAUACGGCCAUUUCAAACACGAAAGACGUUUUCGAGUUAAUAAAACGUACUGUCCCUCUUGUAACAUAUUUGUAGUAUAAACACAUAAAUUGUUAAUAUGUAAUGACUAGCGCUUAGUGUGUGCAUUUUUGAUCGCAAGUCUAUAGUUGUCAGACUGUCAUAUGCAUUCUUCUUAUUUUAAACUCAAUUUAUGUUGAUAACGCUUUAUCUGCACAUUUGAUCUUAAACAGUAUGACUUUGUCCUAGCAAUACAUGCGCAAUCAUCAUGGCGUGUGAUAUGAAUGAGAUUGUUUUGUCUCGGAGAAUAUCAAUUGAUCUGUAUACAGCAUAGAUAGACAUGUUAGGUGUUGUUUUUUUCUCUCUAGGAAAGUACCAAUUGAUCUGUACAGACAGACCUGUUGGGUUUGAGAUUUUCUCUCAGAAAAUAUCAAUUGAUUUGUAUAGACAGACAUCUUGGGUUUAAUUUUUUUUCUCAGAGAAUAACAAUUGAUAUGUGUAGACAGACAUUUUAGAUUUUUGUUCAUUUGUGUAGUAGUAUUUAUAUUAUUUCAUC